AUGGCCGCCGAAUACACGCCUUACUUUGAUGGAAUGAACAAAGGUCAAGGGUUCAACACGUUUACUCAAGAACUGUGUUUGAACCACGCGGUCACUGUCGAAUCGGGUUCGCCGCCUCCCCCGACACCUUUCAAAAGGAGCUAUGACUCAGUUGAGAUUAAUAGUUAUGAGGAACUUACCAAAUCUUUACACAUCACCGCGGGUGCUGCAAUCACCGGAUGGGGUCAAUCCGGUAAAGUUGACGUUGAAUAUCUGGACCGCGAAAGUUUCGAAAAGAGCGACAUUACCUUCGAGGUCAAGGUGGACGUUGAGCAUCAAGGAAGGACAACCAACGACUAUUCCUUCAAUUGGACCGAUCCGCCGAACCCGAACACCACAUACGGUGACCGCUUCAUUUCCGGCUUCGUUGAAGGGGGACACUUCUAUGCUCUCGUAUCCAUCACUUCUUUUAACCAGUCACAAAGUCAGAAAGUCAAAGAAGCUGCUCAAGUCACCAUGACUAUGUAUGGUACCAGUGGCGAGGUCUCACAGGAAGUCGAGCGUGCCAUCGAGACGCUCAAACAGAAUUCGACCAUUCGCAUCUCCAUCAAUGAGACAUCAGGUGGCAAGCGGAAAGAUACACCCGGUGAAGAAGAUCUGAAGUCUAUAAAGCAACUCGCCGAUGAGUUCUACAAGAACGCUGAGCAGCAUCAUUACGUGCGCUGGGCCAUCUUGGAGAAAUAUGUCAAUAUCCCAAACUUUAAGAAUGCUUUCCAGCCGUUUGACUAUUUCGUUGCGAUUCAGAAGAGUUUCUUCUUCCUCGACGAUUUCUCCAAGUACAUGUAUUUCAAAUCUAUGAUUCAGGACGUUCCGGACAACAAGUUCAUCGACGGUCAUUUCCAAAAAGCUGGUUUCGAGAAGAUUAGGACUGACCAAAUUGAACUUAUCCGCAAGAAGGCAUGGAGUUUCCGUAUAGAUGUCUUGAGGGCAAUCAAGACGUUAUCGUAUAUCGCACAGCGGAUGCCUACACGUGACGGUAAUUACUCUGACAGUAUCCGCCCGACUUUGCAGACAGGUGCCACGAAGCUUUUCGACGUCAAGGUCUAUGACUUCAACGCUGUGGACGGUAGCACCGUCGUCUCAUUUGCGUCUAGCACGGCUGGUGACGGAUUCACCGCGAUGAUUGGUAUGCGUGCCACCGGGAUCCCUGGGAUGAAAGAAGACAGCCACUUCUACAUCUUCGAGAGUAAAGAAAACCAGCUUUCUCAGGAACCUGUCCGCGUGGCAGUAUCCGGUUUGUCGAGCAGGAACUAUCUCAGGCUUUCCCGGGAAAGUGUUCCGCGAGACCCGGUGUUCCACCGUGAAAUCGCUGCUGCUGGGCCGAAGAAUAGUGGACUUUUCUCUUUCUACGUUGCUGGAGCUUAG